AUGCAAUUGGUUUUCAUUUAUCCAGGUACCGGCGAGUCCGGAAAGAGCACGUUCAUCAAACAAAUGCGAAUUAUUCAUGGCUCUGGAUACUCGGACGAGGAACGGCGCAGUCUGAUAAAGCUGGUCUAUCAGAACAUCUACCUGGCCAUGUACACACUGACGCGGGCCAUGGAAACUCUGAAGAUCGACUAUGAGAAUCCAAACAACAAGGUCUGUCUAUGCUUUUAA